AUGGGAUGUUGCUACUCAUUGUCUGCCAUGGAAGAUCGUCAAGAACAGACCCAUCAAAACCAUGGAGGAGGAGAUCAACCAUUAACAAAGUUCUCCUUCUCCGAUCUCAACAUGGCCACAAACAAUUUUGGUCCGGAAAACAUUGUUUCGGAGACCGGAGAUGAAGCCUCUGAUAUUGUCUAUAGAGGCGUUUUGGAGAGCCAUCUCGGCUUGAUCGCUGUUAAGAAGUUUAAGAAUAUGGCUUGGCCUGAUCCUAAACAAUUCGCUGAGGAAGCAGAGAGAGUAGGGAAGUUAAGACAUAGGAGAGUCGUCAAUUUGAUUGGAUAUUGCUGUGAUGGAGACGAAAGGCUUCUUGUUGCAGACUUCAUGCCAAAUGAUACUCUCGCUAAGCGCUUGUUCCAUCGGAGAAAUCAAACGAUGGAAUGGUCUGUACGUUUAAAAGUAGCGUACUCUAUAGCUGAAGCUUUGGAUCACUGUAGCACCGAAGGUUUUGCAUCGUACAAUAGUUUAAGUGCUUAUACUGUUCUGUUCCAUGAGAAUGGUGAGGCUUGUCUUUCAUGUUUUGGCUUGAUAAAGGAAAUCAAGGAUAAUCAAAGAACAACCGGAAGUGUGAACCCUGAAAGUGUGAUAUACAGAUUUGGUACUGUCCUUGUGAAUCUGCUUAGUGGAAUGCAAAUUCCUCCAAGCCAUGCUCCUGAGAUGAUAAACGGAACUAAUGUUAAUGACUUGAUGGAUCCAAAGCUUGAGGGAAAUUUCUCUACAGCAGAAGCUACUGUAGUUUUCAAACUCGCUAUUCAAUGUUUGCAACACAGUGAUAGAGAGAGUCUCAACACAAAUGAUCUUGUUUCAGUACUUGAACCCUUGCAAACCAGAACAGAAGUCCCAUCUUAUGGAAUGCUUGAAAUGAGAAAUCAUGAGAAAGUAUCUUUGACUCAAAUUUCUCCACUAGGAGAGGCCUGCUUGACAAUGGACCUCACAGCUAUUCAUAAUAUCUUGGUGAAGGCAGGAUACGAAGAUGACAAGGAGGUCACCGAGUUCUCGUUUGAAGAAUGGUUUCAAGAGGUGAAAGAUCUUCAAGAUGUUCGAAAACGCGGUGAUGAUGCCUUCGUAGAUCAAGACUUCAAAACCGCCAUUGACUGUUAUUCUCAGUUCAUUGAAGGCCGAAAAACGGUGUAUCCAAGUGUUUAUGCGAGGCGUAGUCUAUGCCAUUUAUUCUGCAAUCAACCAGAGCGAGCACUCCGCGAUGGGAUGCAUGCACAAUCAGUGUUCUCUGAUUGGCCAACCGCAUUCUACUUGCAGUCAGUGGCACUUUCCAAAAUAAAUAUGAUGACUGACUCUGCUGAUAUUUUGAAAGAAGCAGCUCUUCUUGAAGCCAAGAGAAAGAAGCAACAUGAGGAAGAAAAAUCUUGA